CCCACAGCUGUGCGGAAAUGACACAGUACCGUCACGUCACGCGAGAGGGCACUGACUAGAGAAAAAAAGCAGCGGAGAGAAACACGGACAACAGUUACCCGUGGAAAAUCCACUGGAUUUAAAGACGCGGCCAUGACUGACGCCUCCUAACCUAUCGCGCACGGCUGUCCGGAGUAGCGAAGGACAUGAGCUCCUCUGUGUGUUUGGUUAAUGCAGACGGACAAGUGCCUAGUAAAAAAGUUAAAGUAGAGAAAGAUGCAGAAGACAUCAUUCAAAACACAGAGGGAAAGAUGGAGAGCUUCCUUCAGCGCAUUACAAAACGCACAGCAGCGCUCACAGGACCUGAUGCUCAUGCAGCAGAGGUGGAACGGCACCCUAGCAGGAAGAGAGUCAAGGUGACAACCCAGGCAGUAGAAUACCUCCAAGAUGGCAGUUCAGAUGAUGGAAGCAGGUCAAACUCUCAAGGGCCCCGAUUUUCUCCUCCGGAGCCGAUACACAUCUCUUCAUACAGGAAACCACUCUACAGCAUCACCCAUCGCAUUUCCGAGCGUAAAGCUGCAUCUAAUUCGGACCAGCAUGGUGCUCACAAUGGACUCAGAGCAAGCCAUAAUGGUGUCCAUAAUCUCAGCAGCUCUGGAAAGCAUCACGCCUUUAAGGCCUCCCCCAUUGUGGGGGUCACAGGGUCUUCUGCUACCUUGGAUUCUCACCUCUACCCGCUCAUUGAGAAGAUGUUCUUCCUCCUCAACACGCUGAAUUCCAGCAUGACUCAGCUGCACAGUAAAGUGGAUUUGCUGUCGCUGGAAGUGACGCGCAUUAAAAAGCAGAUGAGGCCCUCUGAGAUGGUCAUGGAAUUUCAGCCUCCACCUGAAUACCAGUUGACGGGCGAUGAGCUGACCCAGCUAAUGGAGCAAACGUCAACGGCCGGCGACCUGGGCUGCAGGCUGCUCGUUCAGCUGUUCCCUGAACUCUUCACAGCAAAGGAAUGCACACACGGUUGCAGCGCAUGCGGCCUCGCAACCAAACGCACGUUAGAUUCGUUGCACCUUCAGUUGAUACGCAACUAUGUGGAAGUAUGCUAUCCACUGGUGAAAAACGAAAACGUAUGGCAGAUGGAGUGCUUGAUGCAGAUCAAUGAUUUCUUGAAUCGUUUCUGGGCUCAGAAAGACAUGGAGAGCGGACAGGUGUGUGGCAAACAGGCUCCAGUGGUUAUCGGGUUUGACGUAGAACAAAAUCAUAGUUGCCGUUUUAUCAAUGAAGACGCCCAGGAUGAAAAUCUUUCCCUCAACUCCGGAGAGAACAAUAAUGAUAUUCAUUCCAACAAUGUCAGCUCAGAUGCAAUGUUUGACCCUCGAGUCACAUCUGGUGAUGACUCUGAAGACUUAACCUCUCAUGAGGAUCUUGUCAUUUUUUUGUUAAACAGACUCUUUCCUGAAGUGUUCGAGGAGGGUAGGUUGCCAGAGGGCAUCAAUAGCAUUGGACAAUUGGUAAUAGACUCGGACAGACUAGAGAUUAUACGAAAAUACAUGGAGGCCAAUUUCCCUGAUGUCCUCGAGGACACCUGGCUACAGUUAUGCGUCCAGAGUAUGGAGGAAGCACUGGAGGGCAUUUCAGAAAACGGCAGAGGUCAUGAAAACAACCAAGAGGAGAUGUAUGACCCCUCCCGUCUCCUCGAUAACAUCUCUAUUGUUAAGAUCGGCGAUUUGUGCGAUUAUGAAAAACCAAAUCGCAGGUCGAAAAAGACGUGGUUGGAGCCUGUGGAUUUUGACCAACUGGACGUUCCACUUCCAGACUUCGAUGUUCCUCAGGAGUACUUACUGACUAAAGAACAGCUAAAGAACAACUAUGAAUGCAGUUUAUCCAUUGGCAAUUUUGCCUCCCGACUUUUGGUUCUCAUGUUCCCCGAGCUCUUCACUUACGAGAAUGCACGGAAACACUACAACUGCAGCGGCUCUCUGGGAAAGAAACAACUGGAUCCCGUAAGAGUCAAUCUCAUCAGACAUUACGUCCAACUGCUCUACCCCCAAGCGAAGAAUGAUCGUGUGUGGACUCUUGAGUUUGUUGGCAAACUCGAUGAGCGGUGUAGGCGACGGGAUACCGAUCAACGCCGUUCGUACCAGCAACAACGGAAGUCUUAUUCACCUGAUCAAGAACCCGACCCAAAGGACUCUCAAACUGCUGGCCAAAUCAACAUUCUCACCUCAGAUCGCUCAAAAGAGGAUUUUGAAGUCCUGUCUACACCCUUAGAGAAAAGCAGCAAGGACUUCUGCAAGAUUCCUCUUGAGGAUCUUUCAGUAUCCACCCCAGAUUUCCCAGUGCCUUCUGACUACCUGCUCACGGAUGCAGAGGUGAGAGAGAUUGUCCAACAGAGUCUGUCUGUGGGGAAUUUCGCCGCCCGUCUUCUAGUGCGUCUCUUUCCUGAGCUUUUCACGCAAGAAAAUCUACGGCUGCAGUACAACCACUCUGGGGCCUGCAACAAGAAGCAGCUGGACCCUAUGCGCCUCCGUCUCAUUCGCCAUUACGUGGAGGCAGUGUACCCGGUUGAGAAAAUGGAUGAGGUGUGGCACUACGAAUGCGUGCCGAGCAUCGACGAGCGCUGCCGGCGGCCCAAUCGCAAGAAGUGUGACAUUCUGAAGAAGGCAAAGAGAUCAAACAACACUGUGACUUAUUCUUAACAAUGUUCCUGCUAUGUGCAGUCCUGUUUCCUAUAUUUUACACAAUAUAGUUGUUAUUUGCACAAGUCUAUAAGCUGAAGCAUAUAAACUUACCUUGUCUUGUUUUAGGUCCAGUUUGACUGGUUGAGUUCACGUCCAUGGACCCUAAACAGGAUGGGUUUUUAAGUGACAGAAAAGUUUGUAAUUGAAGCCACUAUCACCUGACAGUGAUAUAUUAGUGUUUUUAUUUAUAUGCCAAAAUAAUAUUGUUGUAAUUCUAAAGUCUAUAGAUAAGCUACAGUAGCCUUAAUCAACAGUAAACGUUUAGUUCUUUAAAAACAAUAGGUCACUUUAGUUUGGGGUGGGGGCAGAGAAAAUAUAUUUUUGUUUUAGUCGUAGCAAUGUUGCAGCACUGGCUUUUUCUAAUUAUUAACAUAUUGAAGUAUGUCCUGCCUUACAGGAAGUCAAUCGUAUUCAUCUGUACUAAACUAUAGCAGCAGGUUAUGUUAUAUAUAUUUUUAAAUAAAAAUUCACUUUGUUGGCCUUUAA